AUGCCAGAAAAUGACGGGUGUGUGCCUAAGGGUCUAUGUGGACUCAAUGGAUAUUGUGUUUUAAACGAUCGAGACAUUGAUUGCAAACAUCUUCUUGGAUUUGCUCGGGUAAAGGAAGGAGAUUGGGGCUCAGGCUGUGAGAGGAAUUUCACUGUGGAAAGUUGCUCAGCAAGUUCCGAAUAUGCAAUGAAAGAGUCUAAUACCGAAUGGGAAAAUGAUACUUAUUCUCUUUUGACAUCUUCAACCAAUGAGAAUUGCAGAGAAGCAUGUUUGCAGGACUGCAACUAUGAAGCUAUCAAGAAGAUUGUAGCCGUCAAAAGGCUAGACAAAUCAAUGUUGGCUGAACGGGAGAGACAGUUUCAUACUGAGAUGAAAGUUAUUGGGAGAACACAUUACAAAAACCUUGUCCAUCUACUGGGUUAUUGUCAUGAUGGACCCAACAGGCUUUUGGUGUACAAGUACAUGAGCAAUGGGUCGCUUGUAGAUAAACUCAUUACACCUGAAAAACGACUUUCUUGGGCUGAGAGAAUAAAAAUCGCUUGCAACAUAGUGAGAAGACCUAUUUAUCUCCAUGAAGAGUGUGAGCCAAAAAUCAUUCAUUAUGACAUAAAACCUCAUAACAUACUCAUAGAUGAAGAUGGAUGCACAAAAAUCUCUGACUUCAGAUUGGCAAAGUUGCUAAAUGCUGCUCAAACCAAAACUUUCACCUAA